UGGAUAUGUGAUAUUUAUUGACCCAGUUAUUUAAUAUAAACGAAAAUUAUCAUAGUAUCAAUAAGUGCUACAUAUCGAGUAGUUGAAAUUCCCUAUAAAUUCGGUUUAUGUAAACUGGCUAUUGAGCUUCAUUAUAUAUUGAAAUAGUGAAUAUUUCGAUGGAACCUACACCAUCGUGUUCUUUAUUCCCAUUUCGACCUGUAUAUGCUUGUAUUCCGAUUCGGGAUAGUUUGAUUACAUUUUAUGGAAUUGUAUUAGAUAUCCGUCUUCCACGACAGUGCAGUGUAAAUUUGCUGAAUGGUAUUUCUAUUUGUUGUCGUACGCCAGAUGUCUAUAAAAAUUUUACAGAAAACAUAUUGAAUGACUCUUUAUAUUUGAAUUUCAUAUUACCUCGAAAUUUGACUUAUAUGAUACACAAUUUUGUACAUCCACACAGUUUUCAUAAAAGAUCAGUUUGAAAGUAGAAUUAAGACCUUGUCUAUGAAGAUCAAUUACUGCACCGUCAUAUGCUGGCAAAACUGGACCAAUAAUUAUUUUGUGGACGCCAGCAAAACUCUAUCCGUUUGGUCGCGAAUCUUGUAGAUAGAAGAAUAUGGCUGAUUGGUAAUUCUAAACAUGGUGUCAGUUAAAUUGCAUAUAUAAAUUACAUUUACCUGUUCAUAAAGUGGUACGAGUGUGGCUUUCGAUCGUUGAACUUUAUCUGAGUACUCUCUCCAACCUUCGAAUACAUUUUUGUUUUUAAUAUCAAUGAAAUUUGGAAGUGUUUUGUUAAAUGACCCACUUCGAUUUAUGAAGGUUUUUUUGACGGUUUGCUCUCCAUACCUAUUUGGGUAUUCAGCAGUAGAGUUGUACAUAAUAAAACAACAUCGGAAGUAUAUUUGAUCAUCAUUCGGAGGUGAUUCAGAUUCAAAUUAACUUGAAAUAUUUGCCUUUAUGGUAAAAUAAAAUUUUAACAAAUGUGCAGUUUAUAGGCCGUCACGCGUAUAAAUUGAGAUAUUCACAGAGCAUCGUGGAUGUUUUGAUGUUAUAAACUGACAAAGUGCGUGAAGGAAACGGUGGUCUAUAGACGAAGCAGUCUCUCACAACGAUAACAUGUGUUUGGAUUCAGAAGUCAUCAAAAUAACAACAUAUCAUCUGAUAUAUGUUAGUCAAGAUCAAUAUAUUGAAAAAUGGUUGAUUGUUUGACUUUUCUCUAUUUAAAAUCUAAAAGCUAAUGCUGGUCUAAUUGCUCCAUCUGUAUAUGUUAGCACAGAAUAUAGUAAGGAUUGACGAACUUUUUCAUCGUAUGUUAACUUUCCAUUAUUCCAUAAAUCUCUGAGAGAAUCAACCUACAUAUCUCAUGUGUUAUUUAACUAUUUUGUUGACCAUGUUCAAUUAGUUGGAUAUUUAAAUUUCUGUUUUAUACAGUGAAUACUGAUUCCAUUUUGCGUAAUACAUGGAGUGAAUUGAUGAAAUGAAGUUUGAUAAUGCAUCGUAAUGUAUAUUGAACAGUUUUUACUACUCAAAGAAUAUUUGUUAUAUAUAUGUGGAGAUUGUUCAAUUCAUAAUGUUUCAUCAAAGACAGAGUUCAAGUAACAACUGUGGGAGAUUCAAGAUCAUUAGAUUUGACUUGUUGUCUCAGUAUGAACCUCCAGGGCAGUGUUCAAUCGUGACUACUUCGAGAAUCAUGUUGAGUCUUUAAGGUUUAGAUCAUCAGGUUCGCAUCUCACAGUCCAAAAUACUAACAUCAGUCGAUUCACAACAUUGCACUACACCCAUCCACUCUCAGUGGUGAAAUCCACUAGAUAAUGGUGAAAUCCUUUUGACAAAAGUGAUACAAUUUGUCGACCACAACGUUCUGUUAUAUAUAAAUGUUUCUAUUAUUUACAAAUUUGACAUCAGUCAUAGUUCAUAUUUCAUAGUUAAAUUUUAAAAAGCUUCGGAAACAUUAAUUGAAUACUAAAUAUUUGAAUAACUUACUUGCAGAUUACGAUAUCACGUCACUU